AAACAUCAUCACUAAAAUUAUUUAAAACAGAUCUCGUCAUUUAUCUAGUUUUCCUCAGCAAUGGGAGCACGACCAGUUUUUCUUUCACUUACAAUCUUCACCAUCAUCAGCAUUCAAUGUGUAUAUUCGACUACAUUUACAUUUACCAACUAUUGUAGUUACACGGUAUGGCCUGGAUUGUUAGCAAGUGCAGGGUCACCACCGUUGGAAACUACAGGCUUUGUUCUCCAAAAAGGAGAGUCUAAGUCAAUUCCGGCCCCGACAUCAUGGUCAGGUCGUUUUUGGGGUCGAACCGUUUGUAGUCAAUAUUCUACAACAGGUAAAUUCACUUGUGUAACAGGUGAUUGUGGCUCAGGACAGAUUGAAUGCGCAGGAGGAGGUGCCACGCCACCUGCUACACUGGCAGAGUUCACACUCAACGAUUCAGGUGGUUUAGAUUUCUACGAUGUGAGUUUAGUCGAUGGUUACAACCUUCAGAUGUUAGUGGUUCCUAAAGAUGGGUCUGCUGGUACUGGUAAUUGCAAUACCACUGGAUGCCUUGUUGAUCUCAAUGGGAUGUGUCCAACUGAACUGAAGGUGCUGUCAUCAGAUUCCUCAACCCCAAAUGUAGCUUGUAAAAGUGCCUGUGAAGCGUUUGGUGAAGAUCAAUAUUGUUGCAGGGGUGCUUACGCUAAUCCAGACACAUGCCAUCCGUCUUCUUAUUCGGAGAUCUUUAAACACGCUUGUCCACGUGCCUACAGCUACGCCUAUGAUGACGGAACGAGUACCUUUACUUGUGCUUCUUCUCAAUCAGAUUACCUUAUCACUUUCUGUCAACCUUCAGCUAACAGUCAGAAAUCAAAUUAUCCAGAGGCAGCUAUGUAUUUUAUGGGAAAUGACAGUAAUAACCAAGACGAAUACGACACAAGCAUCGCGUCAUCCACGAGGCUUCAACAUGGGGAUGCUAGGAUCCUACUACUAGUAAUAGUCAUGGCUGUUUCCAUCUCACUUUGUACCAGCAAUUUAGUCCCACCUAGCUUAUGACAAAAAGACUAGCCGUUAUGGCUUGAUCACAUCAUGAGUAGCAGAGCACGGGCUGAUGGGAUUGAAAAUUAGAAGCCUAAAACAUUUAAGAAAGAAACGAAAAAAAGUUCAGGGUUCAAUUUUCGAGGUAUGUAUCAGGCCAUCGGGGAUUCUUCCAGGGUGUACAUAUAUGGCCAAGCCAAUAUCACACGCAUACUGUCUUUUAUAGUGAGGAGUGAGGACCCAUCAACAUUUAUACAUUUACUUUCACAGAAUUAAUCAUGACAACAUUAUGUUGAGGAAAAUGGUUAUCUCAUUUGAUUGAUUCAUUAAAG